GCUUGACAACUAACCACGUCACUUCCGUUUAAACAUGGCCGCGCACUGACAAAUGUCACGUUCCCUCUGUUGCUGAAAUUAUAGAUUAAUAAACUUCUGAAAUAUCGCCUGUUAGGGCGGAAAAAAGGGGGAGACAUCUGGGAAGAUUUUUUGUUUUGCUCCAUUCAACACCCGCACAGGAUAAUCCAGCCAACAACAUGGUCCACUUAUCCUCACUCCUGCUAAAGAACUACCAUGCGGGUUAUGUCGUCAUCCGAUUGGCUCUCGCUGGCCACAACCAGGCAAACAGACCAUUUUAUCGUAUUGUGGCAGCGUACAACAAAAGAGCAAGAGACAGUAAAUAUAUAGAGCAGCUGGGUACGUACGACCCCCUCCCCAACGUCUACAACGAGAAACUUGUCAGCUUCAACUUUGACCGAAUCAAAUACUGGAUCGGCUGUGGCGCUCACCCCUCAAAGCCAGUCGCCAAACUGCUAGGCUUGGCAGGAUUUUUCCCUUUGCAUCCCAUGACAGUCACAGAGGCAGAACGUAAGAGGGCACAGCCAACACUGACAGCUACAUCAACGGAUGCUGAGGAUGAUCUGGAGCAGUCACAGAAGGAGGCAAACGUGUGAUGAUUCAGACUUUGGACUGUGUGUGAUUGUCCAGAACUAAAGGAUGUCGCAGUUAUUUGCAGAGACAACUGAUGGAUUUUCUUUUUCUACCACAUUGGAUGGACUGUUCUCAGCAACGUCAGAUAUCAGAUUGUGAAUUUUGGUUGCAUUAGUUGCAGCUACAGAUAAUUCAUGAUGAGAUUGUCCCCUGAUCAAACUCAGUAAUGAAAGUGUUCAUGAUAAUGAAAUGUUGUCUGACCUGUUGUUUUGAGUGAAAUAAAGUAUUUAAAUGUUG